GAGUGACGAGUGAGUGAAAUGCCCGCCCGCGCCGUGGCCUUCCUCGCCACCGCGGCUCUCGCCCUCGCGGCCUCCCCGCCCGACCCUUGCUACGAAGAGGGCCGCCCCAGGCGCUGCAUCCCGGACUUCGUCAACGCCGCCUUCGGGAACCCCGUCGUCGCGUCCUCCAUCUGCGGGAGACGAGGCCCCGAGCGCCUCUGCGACCCUCCAGGGGAUCAGAACCCGGAGAACGCGUGCCGGGUCUGUGACGCCGCCCGCUCGGACAGAAGGCACCCACCAGCUCAUCUCACCGACCUGAAUAACCCCCACGACGUCACCUGCUGGAGAUCUGCUGCGCUAGCCGCGGCUUCCUACGACUCCCCUCCAGACAACGUCUCGCUAACUCUGUCCUUGAACAAGAAAUACGAGCUAACCUACGUGAGCUUACAAUUCUGUCCCAAAGCCGCUCGUCCCGAUUCCGUGGCGAUAUACAAGAGCGCCGACUACGGUGUCACUUGGCAACCCUUCCAGUUCUAUUCGAGUCAAUGCAGACGGGUGUACGGCCGGCCGAAUAAAGCUACAGUAACCGCCGCGAACGAGCAAGAAGCUAGAUGCUCUGACUCCCAUAGAUUGGCCGGGGAGAAUUCAGGAGGCGCCAGGCUCGCUUUCAGUACGCUGGAAGGGCGCCCAAGCGCUGCCAAUUUUGAUAUAUCCCCGGUAUUGCAAGACUGGGUGACGGCGACAGAUGUCCGGGUGGUCUUCAACCGUCUCCACAUGGUGAAUGAAGGGGACGAGGUGGACAGCAAGAAGCAGGCGGCAGCGGGGACUCAGCAUUACGCUGUGUCGGAUUUCGCGGUGGGCGGUCGGUGCAAAUGCAACGGGCACGCCUCCCGCUGCAUCCCGGCCAAGGGCGAGGAGAGCCAGGUGCAGCUGGCAUGUGACUGCAAGCACAACACGGCGGGCCGGGACUGCGAGAGAUGCAAGCCAUUUCACUUCGACAGACCCUGGGGACGAGCGACGGCGCGCGACGCCAACGAAUGCAAAGAAUGCAACUGCAACGGGCACGCGCGGCGAUGUCGCUUCAACAUGGAGCUGUACAAGUUGUCUGGGCGGGCCAGCGGCGGCGUCUGCCUCAAGUGCCGCCACUACACCGCCGGUCGUCACUGCCACUACUGCCGCGAGGGCUACUACCGAGACCCCACCAAGCCAAUCACCCACAAGAAGGCGUGCAAACCCUGCGACUGCCAUCCAGUGGGUGCGAGCGGCAAGACCUGCAACCAGACAAGUGGGCAAUGUCCCUGCAAAGACGGCGUCACUGGCACCACCUGCAACCGGUGCGCUAAGGGCUACCAGCAGUCCAGGAGUCAUAUUGCACCUUGUAUACGCAUCCCCCGCAUAGUUACAGCUGUACAAGCCAUGGAAGCAGUUGAUGCGGAGCCGGGGCGCGCGGACCAGUGCGGAAGGUGCCGCGCAGGCGCGCGAACUCUAAAUCUCAACAAGUUCUGCAGCCGAGAUUACGUCAUAAUGGGGCGGGUGGUGGGGCGCGAGGCGGCGGGCGCGGGCGGCGCGUGGGUGCGGCUCGCGCUGAGCGUGCAGGCCGUGUACAAGCGCGGGCCGCGGAGCCGUCUGCGCCGCGGCGCCGUGGCUCUACACGUGCGCGCGCAGGACCUCGCCUGCAAGUGCCCCAAGAUCAAGAUUAACAAGUCCUAUUUAAUCCUAGGAGUGGAAAAAGAAGGAGCGUCGUCUGGCAUGCCGGGGCUGACGGUUGGCGACAGAACUUUACUGUUGGAAUGGCGGGACGACUGGCACAGACGCAUCCGUCGCCUGCAACGGCGCGCGAUUAACUGCCACUAACAGACACGCGUACCUGGAGACCGCCAUCUUGAAAAACAAAAAGGCAAAGGUUUUUAACAAACAGCCUAGUGCCAAGGCCUAUUUAAAGGAGUUUGUAAGGUAUUCCGUCUAUGUUCCGUGCAUAUUUUUGAAUGGAUAGAUGCAAGAUAACUGCCAUUAUUGCUGUUUAAUAAUACAAUAGAUUGACCUAGUCGCGUUUAAGGAUAUAGUAAUCCGUUAAUAAUUAUUAAUGAUUAAUAAAGAAAAUGUUAAAUAGGUUCUGUCUCCUUCAAAAUACCUUGAUUGUACCCCCCAUCCCCCCUUCUAAUCGAUUAUCGAAUUGUUAUGAACGUCUUCUUCACGAGUCGAUUAACUAAUUUUACGCCUAUCGUCCCUAAGAUGAGUAAAAAUAAUUGUUGCCAUGGAAUAAAUGGAGACAAAUUAUUGUGACUUAAUUUCUACCUUCCUAGGAUUUCGUUAUUAAUCGUGUACUGUUAACAACAAAGUUCCUAUAUG